AUGGUCACCGUCGCGUAUUGGUGCCCACUUCUAACAUUUUGCACCAUAUUGGUGUUGGCGGCGAGUGUUGAGGCUUCGCCGCCACCACAAAAACACCAAAUAUUUCAUACGACGGCUCAGAUUGACGAUUUUAUUGUCUCGAGGGACGGACACACCAUAAUAUUGGCGACGGUCAACCAGCUGCAAACUAUUGGAUGUGAGAAUUUCGCCGUUUCGCAUAAUCUAACGAUUGGACCAAUUGACGAUUCACCCUGGUGUAGUGUUGACGGAAAAUCGUGUUUGAGAGAAUAUCGUCCACAAAAAACCGAUGUUCACACAAAAAUCUUGCACCAGCUGCAAAAUGGGCAAAUUCUUCACUGCGGAUCUGUGCAAUUAGGAUCGUGCUCGAUUUACACUUCGAAACUCUCUCUUAUUAGCAAAUCAAGUGUUCCGGUGGCUGCAAACGCGAAAGAAGCUUCUACUGUUUCCAUUGUCACCGGAAAUCGGCUUAUUGUCGGAGCAAGUCCGACCAGAGACUCGCCAUAUCGAGAUCCGUUUCCAUCGGUUGCAAUGAGAACACUUCCAAAUUUGAUGAUUGAGAAUGCCGGAAAUCUCGACGGAGAAGCUGCUGUAUUUCAGCGAACAUCAUAUCGAUCCUCAUUUAAAUACAUUUAUUCGUUCACCCACGAGCAUUUCGUAUUCCUCGUCGCCACAAUGACAUCGAAAGAUUCGCGUGCGACGCCGACGACGCGACUUAUCAGAUUUUGCCGGAAUGAUACGAAAUUCGUAUCGUACUCGGAAAUUGAGCUGCAAUGUCGGGGUGAAGACAAUUCCUUGUUUCCUUAUUUAAGUGCGGUAGUAAAAAGCGAUGAGAAACUUGUGACAGCUUAUUCAAGUUCCCCAAACUCUCGAAAAACUUCGAUAUGUGUGUAUUCGAUGCAACGAAUCAAACUGACAUUUUGGUACAAUGUUGACCGAUGCCGAAGUGGAACAGAUUCGAUCAGAUUGCCACACAUCGGCAGAGAUGCGAAAUGUGUCAAUAAGGCCCAUAUUCCAUUAGAUGAGGACAGUUGCGAGCUUGGAGUUGGCGGCUCAAUUGAGCUCGUCGAAAUGGCUUCGCGAGAAAUCAUUGGAAAUGUCAUUUCGUUUCUUGCAAUUGACCGGAAAGCCUUAAAAUGGGACGAUGAUCGAUUAGAGGAAUAUGGUAGGAAAGACAUCGGAGAUGGAAACACGGGAUCCGAAGUGCUUCGAAUGAAAAGGAAUGGCGACUUUGUAAUUGCGCAAUUUCCUUUUGGGCUUGUUCGAGAAGAGUUGUCGACUUGUAGUCAACACAGUUCAUGCUCGGAAUGCCUAGUUUCUGCGGAUCCUCUUUGUCAAUGGUGUCAUCCGGUUCAAGCAUGCACAACAUCAUCGAAAUGUGCUGUUCCAGUGUCUACCGUGUGCCCUGUCACAAACGGCGAACCAGUUCCGAGCUCCAUUUCAGUGAACCAGUCGGUUCCGAUCGCUUUCAAUAUACGACACCUUCCUCCACCCAACGGAUUUAACUAUCAAUGCCAAUUUGGAGCAACAAAUGCUCGAACAAAAGCGGAUUGGACUUCGACGGGCGUUUCCUGCAUUUCAGUUCCGAUUUCCAGUCCCAAACAGUUCGAGAUAUCACUUAUAACAACAUUGUCAAAAAAUCCGAUUAUUUCUCACAACAUCACCGUUUAUGAUUGUGGCCAAUCGAAAACUUGCUCACAAUGCGUUUCAUCGGAAUGGAAAUGCGAAUGGUGCAUUGGAUUAAACAAAUGCGUUUCUCAAAACUCUUGUAAAACGCAAAAAAUGAAAUCUUGCGUUCGUUUGUUACCGAUGAAAGUUCCGAUCGCAAUGGGAUCCGAACAGGAAAUUGUAAUCGAAGCUGAGAAUUUGAGACAGUUAGAUCGAAACUCGCAACACUUUUGCUCUAUCAAUGUUACCGGAAAGGUGAUAUCGGCAAAAGCGAAAAUUGCUUCCGAUUCGAUUCGUUGUGAGAAAAUGCAACUCUUUACGGAAAACCAACACAACUCUGCGAAUCUAGUGGUUCCCAUUACUUUGUCAUCAAAUGAUCAUAUUGUAGAUAUUGCGAAUAUUUCAUUAUACUCGUGUGCUUCUCUGGCUUCUGAUUGCUCAAGUUGUCUCGCCCUUCCACCUUCGCUUGCAUGUGGAUGGUGCUCCGGAAAAUGUUCGCACGAGUGUCAUAAUUCAAGAGUCACAGUCUGCGAUCCCCCAAGAAUUCUCAAUUUUGAGCCAAACAGUGGUCCCGUUGAGGGUGGUACAAUCGUUCGAAUCGAUGGAACAGAUUUGGGAAUGUCCGAAGAAGACGUGCGCGGUAAAAUAUAUGUGGCUGGUUCGAGAUGUGAAUUGAUGCGAUACAAGGUUUCAUCAAUGAUCGAGUGUAAAGUGGAUAAGGGAAUUUCGUCGGGGCCAGUGAAAGUGUCCGUAGGUCGUGUUACUAUGACUGUUGCUGAAUCUGCCACUUACUACUCAUUUGUGAAAAUCUCCGUUUUCUCGGCGUAUCCGCUGUUCGGACCAAUCUCUGGUGGCACAAAAAUAACUCUUUAUGGUCAACAUUUGAAUGCUGGAACUAAUGCGAGUGUUACUAUUGGAGGACAGCCAUGCAUUAUCACAAAAGCGAAUUCCUCAUCGUCGAUCAGUUGUAUUACUCCAGCAGGAGCUGUAAUAGGAAAAACAGCAAAUGUUGUAGUUGCCGUUGAUCAAGCCAUUGUGACACUGGACCAGAAGUUUGAAUAUCGUCCCGAUCCCAUUAUUCAAUCAGUUUCGCCAUUGUCCACAUUCAAAUCGGGCGGAAAAAUGAUUAGUGUUCAGGGGCAAUAUUUUGAUUCCAUUUUGUCUGCACAAAUGUUGCUCAUUUCUUCGGCAAAUCCGCCAUUCGAAAUUAUUUCGGAUUUUUCGCCUUGUCACAUUUAUAACUCGACUUUAAUGUCAUGUUUGACUCCAAAAGUUAUUGAGACUUCGAAUCGGCGGUUUGAGUAUUCAAGACUUCCUGUUGGUUUCGUAAUGGACAAUGUCACAUCAGUUCUAAAUUUGGGCCGUCGAAUCAUGAUGAGUGUCUAUCCAAAUCCGCAACUGAUACCGUUUAAUGGUAUUCGAUUACAUCAAGGAGAGCAGCCACUCAUUUUGGAUGGACAUAAUUUGAAUUUAGCAGCCGAGCCAAGUGAUUAUAAGAUUUUCAUUGGAUCUGAAAGGUGCUACGUAACGCUGGUUGAUGUGAAACAGCUUGUUUGCUCAGGACCUGCGAAACAGCCAAAAGCAACGGACGAGAGAGGUGUAUCGAUACACGGAUUUCUGCCAUUGGUUACUGUAAUUGUUGGAUCAAUUCGCACCGAAUUAGGGCUCAUCGAAUAUGCUGAUCAGACGUUCACUUCGAAAUUCUCGUUUUUGAUUAUGAGUUUACUAGUUACAAUCAUUGUAUUUUUGGCAAUAAUUGGCACAAUUUGGAAGCGUCGUCGACAAGAAAGAGAGCGAGAAUAUCGAAAAAUUCAAUUGCAAAUGGAAAGUUUGGAAAAUAACGUGCGGAAGGAGUGCAAACAGGCGUUCGCCGAACUUCAAACCAAUCUCGUCAUGUCGCCGAAAGCAAAGAAUUCAACGCCGGAAUUCCUACAAUUCCCACAUUUCGUUGAAAAUCUUUUGUGGUCGGACAGCACACUCACCGUUGCUCCAACAUUAACGCGAACUCUGCCUGUGACUCUUGCUCAGUUUCAUGCCCUACUGAGCUUCAAGGCUUUUAUAUUUACGAUUGUCGAAGCUGCUGAAUCCGACACGUCAAUGUCAGCGUCGGAAAAGUCGAUGCUCGCAAGUCUUCUGAUAACAGUUCUUCUCCGAAAUUUCUCGUACUGCACUGAAAUUGUGAUCGAUCUAUUACGAGCUCACAUCGCGAAAGCUGUUCAUGCAAAACGAAGCGAAUUGCUUUUCCGAAACAGCGAUUCGGUUGUGGAGAAAAUGGUGGCAAAAUGGAUCAGCAUGUGUCUUUAUCCGCAUAUUACAUCGCAAAUGAACACGUUUUUCUAUCUAUAUAAAGCGCUUCAAUAUCAAACCGAGAAAGGUCCAGUCGAUGCGGUCACCGGAGAUGCACGGUACACAAUUAAUGAAUCAAGGCUUCUGCGAGAAUCUGUUGAGACGAAUUCAUUGACAAUUUGUGUGAUUCCGAUCGAUGGAAGUGAUCAGAUAAUCGACGUCGAGAUUCAUGAAUGUGACGCAAUUUGUCAACUGAAGCAAAAAAUACUGAGUGCCGCCUAUCGAGAGACGCCAUACUCGCAAAGGCCCAAAAUAAAUCAAAUUGAUCUUGUGUUGAAAUGUCCGAGACGUGGAGAUGUGAAGCUGUCAGAUUUGCCAGAAUCGAACACGAUUCACCCCCGUAAAUCGCCAAUCAAACUUCAAACUGUGGCCGAUUAUGAGAUCACAAAUGGAUCGAUUAUUCAAGUGACUCAAGCAAUGUAUUUGAAGAGCAACUACAGAAACUCAUUAGCCGACUCGGGUCAAUCAUCAUGGUCAUCGCUUGAUCGUUGCUCUCCGACAUACUCAUCUUCCAAGUAUUAUCAUCUUUCGAAUCCUUCGUCGGGAACAAUGUCGUUCAAAAAGCAAAAAUACAAUGAUAAUGUUCCGAGAAGUAUUCCCGAAGUGUAUCUCACUCGUCUUCUUACUAGUAAGGGCACCGUGCAAUCUUACGUUGAAGAUUUUUUGGAAUCCGUUCUAUAUAUGCAUGAGGUCGAAUUCCCGCCAGUAUUAAAGCAUUUCUUCGAUCUUCUCGAUAGAGAAGCGGCGGUUAAUGCGGUCUCGGAGAAUAUUUGCCAACAAUGGAAAGCGAAUAGCUAUGUGUUGAGGGUCUGGGCGAAUUUUGUGCGAAAUCCACAGUUGAUAUUCGACGAGCCAUAUUCAAUUUCUAUGGAUGCUAAUUUGAGCACAGUUGCUCAGACAUUGAUGGAUUGUUUCUCAUUUUCUGAACCUGUUCUUGGAGCCCAUUCGCCAUCAUCUCGUCUUCUAUUCGCAAAAGAUGUUGCAAGACUCCGCCCACUUUCUGUAGAUCUCUUCCGACGUGUCAAGAACAGUCCGCCACUUUCAAUGGAUCAAUGGCAAAAUGAAUUAGUUAACAUGUCAAAUGAUGUUUCGUCUUGUAAGGGUUCCUCGCUAGCCUUAUCCGAGCUUCUCUCGUGGGUUCGAGGAAACGGAAUUCGAAUCACUCAGCUUUUGGCCUCAAACGAGCAAAAUUGCGAGCAACGUCUUGCCCAAAAAUUAUCACAAGUUCUUAAUGUGAGCCUUGACACCGACAAUCAUAUUUAUUCGACAAUCUCUGAUUAUGAUUGA